AAAAUUCAGCGCAUACUAUUUUAUUAGGGACUGCUUUAGAUAGUCAAAUGUAGUGAUUUCAAAAACAAAUAAAACAGGACCCGUCGCAGAUGCAUGUUUGCAAAAUAUGUCUUUAUUAAAUGACAUGUGUCAGCAAAGAAGAACACGCAUACGUCAGCGAUAGUUAAUAAUAACCUUACAGUUAAUCGGAUAUUGUCAACAAAUACAGUUAUUUCAUAGACAUAAUGGAUGCAGUGAAUGCAGAUCUAAUGUGGCCUGCGGUGUUAUUUACGCUGCUUGCAAUUGUUGUAGCAGCAAUUGCUUUUGGAAAAAAUAAAGCUGCUGCGCCUUCAAAGGACAUCCAUAGUGUUGUUGAGGAUGAGCGAGUUGGUGCAGACAACGGAGCAUCUCGCAUUCAGCAUCAAUCUAGUGCAAAUCCCAAAGACGAAACUAUGGAACUUGUAAAGGAUUCUAACCGAGAUCAUGGGGAUGAAGAAGUGUGCAAGUCAGAUUGUCUAACUGACACCAAAUGGAGGGAGGAUUCAUCAGAGUAUGGGAUAAGAAAUGCUCUGAAGGAUUAUGCUCAAUCACCAGAUGCUGAGAAUGUGCCAUUGAGAUACAUGACUGGCAUGUUGAGGUCCAGCCAGCUUGAAAACAUGAUGACUAAUGAAGAACUGGAGGAAGAGCUGAGAGUUCAGCGGGAGCAGUUAGCUGCCAUCUUCCAGCUGCUCAGAGACAAACAAGACACGUUUGGUGAGGUGACUGAGAGUGAUUUAGAAGAACAACUGAAACUGUACUCUAUUUAACAGAUCACAUCAAGAGACUACUGAAAAUACUGAGGCACAGGGAAGUUUGUAGAUUGUGGACUUGGAUUAGUUCUUGUCACCUUCGUAGAUUUAAAUAUCUGUGAACCUUUCAUAAAUGAUGGUUUUUCAUAUCAGAUUUAAUCCUAAUUGUCAGUGACUUAAACCAACUCUCUGCAAUAUUUGAAUAUAUGAAAAAGGGGUUUGUUAAUUACUUGCAAUGAUCACAAAUAUACUACAUUAAAUUUGAUCUAUAUCCUCAUGCAUCCCAAUGUACACAUGCGUGGACGUUGUGUUUGGCUUUGUUAUAUGCAACGCAUAUUUUAAAUUCAUGCAAACUGACUGAUCUCAGUUCAGAAGACUCUGGGCUUUUAGUAAAGGCUUAAACUUCCGACGUACAGAGUCAUGUGUAAAACAUGUGUCGAACACAGCAAAGUUUGUCUUUGGGAGAAACGGCAACAAAACUACAUCUAGUUAGAAACCUAAUUAAGUUUUUACAUUGAAAUGUAUUAGAGUCAAAAGAUUAGAGUCUUUAGUUUCAUUCGAUAUGCCAUUUCAAAAAUGUGAGCGAUGUAUCGUGAAACGCCACACUGCUUAACACAAUGUACUUUUUUGUGUACUUUAGUGCUAUUUUUCCUUAGAAAUCUUAUGUUUAUGUGCAUUAUCACAUUGAGAACCAAUGGGUUCAUCUAAAAGCAGAACAAUGUUGCUUUCAGAUGCUGUAUGUUGAGUUAAGAUGAAUAUAAGUUGAAUUUUGAACUGUUCUGAGACCAGUGCAGACAGAUAGCAUACUGGAGGUUAAGUCAUUCACUUAAUAGGGAUCAAAGGAGCAUCCUAUAGCUUUCCUAUGCAGCUAAGUGCAUUUACUCCUAAAAUCCGACCAGUUUCAGGCUGCAGCUAAUGCUUGACAGACAUGGGACAAUGGUAAUCAGUACACAGACUCAGAAUUUUUACAUGGACGUGAUUGGAUGAUGUUAUCCAUUACUUUGAAUCAGAAAUAUUAAUGCUAAUUUUUGAUUGGUAAAAUGCUUCAGCACUGGCUAUCACUUGUUUGUUUGACACACAGAGAAAACUUUGAGAUUUUGUUGCAAAGUAAAAAUAUCAAAUAAUUUGUAUUUGUGUAUUUUCUUAUUUGUGCUUUUGCCAGUACACUAAGCAGCUUUACAGAAAAUCCAGUAUAACCCAUGAGGAAUCAAACAUUGUGUCUGAAAUAGUCAUAAGUAAGAGUAAAUACUGUGCCUUGCUAAAGUUUUUAGACCUCUGACCAAUUAUCUCAUAUUACUGAAUUACAAAUGGUGCAAUUCAAUUUCAUUCUGUUUGAUAUUUUAUUUUAAAACACUGGAACUCAAAAUCAAUUAUUGUUAGGUGACAUUGGUUUUAUGUUGGGAUAUAAAAAAAAGUCCAAAAGCAUUCCACAGAAGUUAAAGUAAUAAAAAUGCAUAGAUUAGGGAAAGAGUACAAAAUAAUAUCCAAAUGUUUGGAUAUCCCAAUGAGCAUAGUUAGAUAAAUAAUCAGUAAGUGGAAGCUGCACCACACCACCAAGGCAUUGCAAAGAAAAGGCUGUCCCUCAAAACUCAGCGCUAAAACAAAAAGGAGACCUGUGAGAGAAGCCACAGAGAGGCCAACAAUCACUUUGAAGGAGCUACAGAGUUCAGUGGCUUGGAGUGGAUUAAUGGUGCAUCAGUCAACCAUAUCAAGAGCACUGCAUAACGCUGUCCUGUAUGGGAGGGUGGGAAGAAAGAAGCCGUUACUCUAAAAGUACCAUCUGAAAGCAUGUCUUGAGUUUGCAAAAGCAUGCAAGUAACCCAGCUGCAAUGUGGGAGAAGCUUUUGUGGUCAGAUGAGACCAAAUAGAGCUUUUUGGCCAAAACUCAAAGUGCUAUGUGUGGUGCAAACCUAACACUUCACAUGCCUCAAGACACACCAUCCCUACAGUGAAAUAUGGUGGUGGCAGCAUCAUUCUGUGGGGAUGCUUCUCAUCAGCAGGGACUGGGCAUCUUGUUAGAAUUGAAGGAAGAAUGGAUGGAGCAUAAUAUAGGGAAAUACUGCAAGAGAACCUGCUUCAGUCUACUAAAAACCUGAAGCUUGGGAGAAAAUUCACCUUUCAGCAUGACAAUGAUCCCAAGCACAAGGCCAAAGCAACAUUGAAGUGGCUCAAGAACAAAAAGAUAAAUGUUCUACAGUGGCCCAGUCAAAGUCCUGAUCUCAAUCCUUUUGAGAAUCUGUGGCACUAUUUGAAAAUUGCAGUCACCCAACCAAACCAAAGCUGGUACAUAUGUACCCCAAAAGACUUAAAAGCAGUUAUUGCAGCAAAAGGUGGCUCGACCAAAUAUUAAUGUGUGUGGGGUUGAAUAUUAUGCAAGCAAGAUAUUUCAUUUUUUUUAUUUUUCAUGUCACCUUAAAAUAACACAUUUUGAGUUUGUGUUUUGAAAUAAAAUAUCAAUCAGAAUGAUAUUUCAGUGUACAAUUUGUAAUUUGGUAAUAUGAGAGAAUUGGUCAGGGGUCUGAAUACUUACAAUGAUCUGAGAAAGUUCCGUAGAUUGGUUAUUUGCAGCUUAGCUAAUGGCUGUGGUGCAUGCCACAACAAAUUAAAUCAUUUUGUACCAAAUAUAUAAAUUAUGAAUAGCAAUAAAUGGCAAACUAUUUGAAAAUUAACAUAAUAAAAAUGUUUUAAACAUUUGCUGUCUGUCUGGUUCACUUUCGAGUGAGCUUACAAAAUUAUACCACUUAGGCUACUUGUAAAUGUGAUUCUUUAAAUCUGAAGUUUGUUACUUUUUCAGUGUUAAAUUACUUUCUCCUUCCCAGCUUAAUAUGCUGAGACAACUAUAAGUGUCACAAAUAGCGGUAGGACAACGAGGGAGACAAAGGUUGAGGAUCCACAAACAGUAACUUUAUUAAAUAAACAAACACAAAGGAAAACCCACGAUGGGGAAAUAAACAUAAACAAGGAACUCGGGAAGUGAACACAGAGCAGGCUUUAAACAAACUUUCCAUAACAAACAACGAUCGACAGUGACUGAACAAACAGGCAGGGUAUAAAUACAAGAAAGGGCCAAUGAACAAACAGAACUCAAAAUAACAUAAGGUGAUGAACAGAAACCAAUGGGAAACUUAACGAGGACAGGUGAAAACAAUGAACAAUGAACACGAGGGCUAACAAGACUGUGGAGUUACAGACGGGUCAAAAGUGAAGACUAUUGAGUAACAAAAGUGACACAAAUGGAAAACAAAAGGGGAAACAGUAAAACAAGACAAGGUCAUAUGUUACAAUAAGUAAGCGGUUCGUUGGUUGAUCUACUUGAAAACUAUUAACUGUGUCUCUGUGGCGGUAUCAAAUAUUGCUGUUUGUUUUAGCUUACUGACCCAUUGACUUGGCAUGAGUUUGGGCAAGAACUGUCUAAUUGUUUGAACAAUGGCAGAUGUGUGAGUAUUUGGGAAAGCUGUAUACAUUUUGAUAACAAUGUUCACUUUUUGCUAUUUUAUUACACCUUUCAGCUUUAGAUUACAAGGUUGUAGGAUUACAAAACAGUGAAUGGAUAUGAUUUUUUCUUUAUUUUAUUUAUUUAUAAUAAUGAAAAAUACUUUAUUGUAUAUUAAAGCAUAUAUUUAUGUUUUUAUCUGUUCAAGUAAUGCUAAUGCAUCUCUGCUGGCCAUAAAAGGGGGGGGAUAUUGUUUGAUGAUGUAAUGUAUUUGAAUAGCCUGAUAACAAUUGGAUGGCACUGUUGAAAAACAGAGAAGGCAGGUAAGAUCAUGAAAUAUGCAGAAAGCUUUGGGACUUGUUUGUCUCAUUCUGACUUCUUGUGUGCUGCUUUAUGUAGUACUCUGGAAAAACGUUUCUGAACAGUGGACUAGGUCUGUAUUUGUCGGAGAAAUUGAGCACACAGAUGAUCGUACACUAACUUAUCAAACUAACAUCACUUCUGCAUUGGAUGUAUCAUCGUUUGGAACUACAUUUAUCUACAAAGAUGAAAACUCUCACUCUAUUGAGCGUGAAGCCACAAUAACACCUAUUCCAGUUCUUUAUAAGAAAAAUUUUACAAAAUUACCUGAGUGGGAUUUUGAGGAUGUUUAUUUGCAAGACCAUUUGGCAAGAAAACCAACCUGUCCAAAGUCCCUAAAAAACACAGAGGAUUUGAAGUUCCAGGAAGCGCUCCUUCCUAACAUUCAGUUAUGGCUGUACAAAGGUCUGCUCAACCUAUCAGAAUGGAAUCGAUUAGCACACUUCAACAACCCCUUUGGCUUUAUGGAAUACAAUUACAAUGAGGUAAAAGUAGCAGUGGAUUUGAUACAGAAGCCUCAGUCUUCAAUAUUACUGCCGGUUCCUGGAAGUGCAAAGGAUGGCUGUAUCCGCUGUGCUGUUGUGGGUUCUGGUGGCAUUCUCAAUAAUUCAAAGAUGGGCAAAGAGAUUGACUCCCAUGAUUAUGUUUUUCGAGUCAAUGGGGCCCUUAUCCAAGGUUUUGAGGAGGAUGUUGGAAAUAAAACAUCUGUCUACGUGCAUACAGCUUUUUCCUUAUACAGCACCAUUCUAAGAUUUAGAAAGUAUGGCAAUCACAUUAUUCCACAAGAUGAGGGCAUAAAAUACGUCAUGAUCCCUGAAGGCCUUAGGGACUUCCAGUGGCUCCAAGGUCUUCUACAGGGGAAAGAAGCUAUCGGGUCCUUUAAGGGUGUGAGGCCACUGAAAUUCUUCAAUGGGCAUUUUAAUGAGAGCAGAUUCUACGUUCUUCACCCAGAUUUUCUUCGAUACAUUCGCAACAGGUUCAUGCCAUCCAAACAAAUGCAGGGCAAAGCCUGGGCAAUGUACAGACCAACUAAUGGAGCAUUUGCUUUGUUCUUGGCUCUUCACACAUGUGAUAUUGUGGAUGCAUAUGGUUACAUUACAGAGGAUCACCAUAAGUACUCAAACUAUUACUUUGAAAAGUUUGAAAAAACUAAAGUAAUUUUCUAUAUUAACCAUGACUAUGGUCUGGAGAUAAAGAUAUGGAAAAAACUGCAUGACUCUGGAAUCAUUAGACUCUACCAAAGACAAGAGAACUUAAACAAAACAAAGACAUGAGGACUUCCUCUAUUCUGUGUACGGCCAUGGCCAGUCCAACAAACAUUCUGUGGAUCCCAGAAAUACAGUGCAUUGAAAAGCACCAUCAUACCUGAGAAAAAAGAGAGGAACAGUAGAGGAAUGUGGUUUAGGGCUUAGUUUUACAGAGGGCAGUGGGACAUGUAACAUAAAUUGCCAUUUUACUUUAACAUUUAUACACUAGGUAGAUGCUUUUAUCCAAAGCAAUUUACAGAGCAUUCAAGGUAUUAAACUGAUCAAUACAUAAAUGUCCUGGGAAACGAAUACAUGACAUUGGUGUUGCUAGUGCCAUGCUGAGAGCUAUAGGAGUUUUAACAAGUCUUUGGUCAUUGUGAUGGUUCUUCGGGCACCACAGGAAUAUGUAAUAACAAACUUGAUGGAAAAUCCUUAGAUUGUACUUGUGUUUAAAAUGUGAUGUCUGUUGUGCAUGCUCACAAACUUGUGGAGUCCAUGCCAGCUCAAGUGCAUCAUGAAAUGAAAGGGGGGAAUAAUUGGGAAUUCUGAAAUGUCUUCACUUUUCACUCAAAUUGUUAUGCUGAUAUAAUCUGUAAUUUUUUUUUUUUACAAAAAUUUAAUUUUAGUAAUUAGAAGAAUGCACAAAAAAAAAAAAAAAAAUAACAUUUAAAAAAAUUUAACUUUUGAACCCCACUGCAUUUUAUGUGUUCAUGUUUGA